AUGUUGCGCAGAGGUCUGGUGCUCAGGGGCGUGGGAGUCCUCCGCCACUCGCGAUAUCCAGCAACUCAGAAAGCUCACCGGCGCUCCUCCACGUACCACCCUCCACCAAGCUCCAGCGAACAUGUCGACAUCCUAAUCGUAGGCAGCGGAGCCGGCGCUCUGACGGCCGCUCUCCGCGCCAGAUCCCAAAAUCUACGUGUCGCCGUCAUCGAGAAGCAACCCACCGUAGGCGGCGCCUCAGCCAUCUCAGGAGGCGGUCUUUGGAUUCCCUGCAACCCCAUUUCUAACGUCAAAGACUCCAAGGAAGAUGCUCUGGCCUAUUUUGAUGAAGCUGUCGGGGAUGCAGGGCCAGCUUCGUCGAUGGUUCGCCGACGUGCAUACGUCGAUAACGGCCUUGAGAUGAUCAGGUUUCUCCAAGACCAAGGCUUCAGAUUCCACUUCAGCAAGGGCUAUCCGGACUACUACCCACGCAUGAAAGGCGCCAUGGGCAAAGGUGGAGGAAGAACGAUUGAGACGGAGGUGUUCAACAAGAAGAAGCUCAGCAAAAAAUGGCAAGAUGCUCUACCACCUCCGAACUCGCCUGUGGCCUUCUACACGAACGACGCAGCGGUGAUCACCCGCAUGUCAUCCUCGCUGCAAGCCUUUGCUCGAUCAACCCGAGCAGUCAUCCCGCUCAUCAUCAAGAUGAUCUUAGGCCAGAAACCAACAUCAAUGGGCCACGGUCUAGUCGCUCAACUGCUAUACCUCAAUACCAAGGACUCUCUUCCCACUGACAUCCGCCUGUCCACGUCUCUCGACUCCCUCACAACUUCACCCUCCGGCAGAGUGACUGGCGCAAAAGUAGAAACACCUUCUGGGGAACACAGCAUCAUCGCAUCGCGAGGCGUGAUCCUCGCAGCAGGCGGCUUCGCACACAACCGCGCUCUGAGGGAGAAACACCUCCCCUCGCCGGCCAGCACAGCCUGGACCCUCUCCCCGAAAGGAGACACGGGCGAUGCGGUGCUUGCUGGUGUCAAGCUCGGCGCAGCGACGGCACUCAUGGACGAUGCGUGGUGGGGUCCGACCAUAUUCGACGUCGUCACGGGAAAACCUCACUUCGCGUUGAUGGAACGCUGUCGCCCGCAUUGUAUCAUUGUUGAUUCCGCCGGCAAACGCUUCAUGAACGAAGCACAGUCGUAUACCGACGCCGGACACGAUCAGUACGAGCGAAACAAGGUGGUCAAGGCUCUUCCUGCGUGGUUGAUAAUGGACAGCAAUCAUCGGAACCGGUAUAUGCUCGGCACCAGCCUCUUCGCCCGACAGAUCCCAAGGAGAGCGAUUGAGGAGGGAAAGAUAUUUGCUGCCGAGUCAGUGGGGGCUCUGGCCGCCAAGAUAGGAGUCGACGUGAAGGGGUUGGAGGGCACGGUACAGAGGUACAAUGAGAUGUGCAAGAGCGGCGUUGACGAAGAGUUCGGGAAGGGAGGUAAUGCGUACGACAACUUCUUCGGAGACCCUCAUGCUGGAGGUGUAAAUCCAAAUAUGGGCCCUUUGAAUAGGGCGCCUUUCUACGCUAUCGAGGUCUGGCCCGGAGACCUGGGCACGAAGGGAGGACUGCUGACGGAUGAACAUCAGAGGGUGCUGAAGAACGAUGGCGGGUUCAUACCUGGACUGUAUGCUAUUGGAAAUACGGCUGCGAGUAUCAUGGGACGGACGUACUUGGGGGCAGGGUCGACGUUGGGACCGGCAAUGACGCAUGGCUUCAUUGCUGUUAACCAUGUCGUUGGCAAUGGACAGAUUUGA